AUGAAGAAAACCAACAUGUGGUUCCUGGAGCGGCUUCGGGGGUCCGGGGACAACGGUGCUACUGGGGGCGAGGCAGGGGACAAGGCCUCCAAGGGGCCUCUGUACAGCAACGUGCUCACACCCGACAAGAUCCCCGACUUCUUCAUCCCCCCUAAACUGCCAGCCAGCCCCGCGGAGCCUGAAGGGCAGGCUGAGCUGGGCCCGGCUGCAGAGCAGAACCUGGCCUCUGCUUCGCCCCGCCGAGCCCCCCGGAGCCCCCGGCUGCCUGCCAAGUUGGCAGCCGAGAGCAAGAGCUUGCUGAAGGCGGCCACCCGGCAUGUGAUCCAGAUUGAGAGCGCUGAGGACUGGCCCGCUGAGGAGGCUGCCACCAACUCGGACCCCCAGGCCCAGGGUGCCAUGUCCCUGCCCUCAGUGCCCAAGGCCCAGACGUCCUACGGCUUCGCCACGCUGGCAGAGAGCCCCCAUACACGGCGCAAGGAGUCCCUAUUCCACAGCGAGCAUGGGGCCCUGGCCCAGGUGGGGUCCCCGGGAGCCCGGCGCCGCCGGGGAGGUGUCAAGGCCAAUGGGGGCGAUGGCGUGUCCAGGGAGGCUGGCGGGGCCCUCAUGAGCCCCAGCCGCUACUUCAGUGGUGGGGAGAGUGACACGGGGUCCUCGGCCGAGUCCUCCCCAUUUGGGUCCCCUCUGCUCUCGCGCUCCGUGUCGCUGCUCAAAGGCUUCGCCCAGGACAGCCAGGCCAAGGUGAGCCAGCUCAAGCAUUCCGUGGGCCGCCAUGGCUCCUUGUCGGCUGACGACAGCACACCGGACACCAGCCCUGGGGCCCGGCGCCGCCUGACUCGCAGGGCCACCCCGGAGCCGUGCCCUGAGCCGGGCCAGGUGCCCCGCGCGGAGCACGCCGUGCGCAUGGGCACGCGGGGCAGCGUGCGGCUGCUGGCCGAGUACGAGGCGGCUCAGGCGCGCCUGCGUGUGCGCCUGCUGGCCGCAGAGGGCUUGUACGACCACCUCUGCGACGCCCGAAGCAUCAACUGCUGCGUGGGCCUGUGCCUGGUUCCUGGAAAGCUCCAGAAACAGCGCAGCACCAUCAUUAAGAACAGCCGCCACCCUGUCUUCAAUGAGGACUUCUUUUUUGAUGGCCUCGGGCCGGCCAGCGUCCGAAAACUGGCCCUCAGGAUCAAGGUGGUCAACAAGGGUAGCAGCCUCAAGCGGGACACGCUGCUGGGGGAGAAGGAGUUGCCCCUGACCUCCCUGCUCCCCUUCUUGUAA